UUGGUCAAUAGGAAAACUAAUUGAUUUAAAAAAAUUAGAAAUAUGCGACCCAGACAUGUAUCGAAGAUGGCAAAGUCUGCAGAAAGACAGGGAACGUCUUCGAGGCCUAGAAGAACGUUUUUUGGCCCGUCUCCCACCUGAUUACUUUCUCAGUGAUGACGACCAAUCAUCACGUCCAUCUGAUCCAUCUCUCCACAGUGAUGACGACCAAUCAUCACGUCCAUCUGAUCCAUCUCUCCACAGUGAUGACGACCAAUCAUCACGUCCAUCUUAUCCAUCCCUCCACAGUGAUGACGACCAAUCAUCACGUCCAUCUGAUCCAUCCCUCCACAGUGAUGACGACCAAUCAUCACGUCCAUCUGAUCCAUCGUUCACCACACGUGAUCACGCCCAAUCAUCACGUCCAUCUGAUCCAUCCCUCCCCACACGGGAUCAAAUAAGGCAGCGCCUGCAGCAACUGAGGGAACAACUUCGAGUCCGAGAAGAACGUUUUUUGGCCCGUCUCCCACCUGAUUUAGAUGACGACCAAUCGUCACGUCCAUCUGAUCCAUCCCUCCACAGUGAUCAGUCAAAAGAAAAAAUGAUUGAUUUAAAAAAAAUUGAAAUAGACUACCCAGCCUGGGAUCAAAGUCUUCUGCCAGAGAGGGAAGAUUUUUAGAAGAACGUUUUUUGACAGACCUCUCACCUGAUUGGAUGGAGGAAGAGGAAGAGGAUGAAUAGGAGACUAAAUCAGUGAUCUAAAAGUCUGAACUUUGUGUCUGGACUUUGGGCUGACUGGUUGUUUGAAAACCAUGUUGAGUAUAAUGAUCUGUAGCUCUUUUAGUGACAGCUUGAUUUGGAUACUUAUGGAUAAAACAAAUGUAAAUGAUAAGAUUUGUUAGUGACAUAAGAUGAUGAAGUCAACUCAGCCUUAAUAACAACUGUUGUUUUCUAUUAUCUUACUGUCAUCUGUGUACUCAUUCUUUAAUUUUCUCUGCUGGGAUUCUUUUGAUUGACUGAAAUCUUUUUUCAAAUUUGUAUUUUCUUUUCCCCCCUUUGUUUCAGGAUAAAAAAACAAACAAAACAGAUCCACAAAAAGAAAAGUAAAUAAGACAACAGAACAUUUGAAUUUCAUGUUCGUAAAGAAGUGGGAAGAAGUGGGAAUUUAUAGAAUCCCACCCCCUCUCCGUUAAUCUGUAGUUAAUAGUUGAACAGGCUUCCUUAUUUAAUCUUCAUUUACGAAUAAAUAAAUAACGAAUCUGCAAUACACAUUUAUAUAUAUAAACCAAUAAACAUACAC